AUGCCGCUGUUCCAGAUGGAGCCGAAUACCCAGGAGAUGGAGCCCGCUGGGCGGAAGCGGAGUCACAAUGAAUUCUCGGACGACCUGGUCAAGGCAGACAUAGACACAAACAAGAGGCCGGCUGCUCCAGUGCUCCCUCCUGUCUCGCAAGACCGCGCAGAAUCACCUCCCAACGGCUCCCCGGCCCUUACCGAUGCGGGACGCAGCACGUCGACACCCCAAUCCCGCUCUCCUCAAACCCCUUCAAAGGCUACUGCCUCGGCUUCGAAACCAGUAGUCAAGCGCAAGCGACUCACUCCCCAAGAAAAGGAGGCCCGCGACAAGGACAUCGCCGAAAAGAAGAGGGAGAGGGAGGCACAGGCUGCGCUUCGGGCGGCGGAAAAGGCCAAACAGGAGGAAGAAAAGGCCGCCCGGGCCAAAGAGCGGGAUGAGAAGCGCAAGAAGAAGGAAGAGGAAGAUCGAGUCAAGGCGGAGAAGAAGCGCAAGCGGGAAGAGGAGCAACAACGCGUCCAAGCAGAAAAGGAUAAGAAGGCACGAACGCAGACGAAUCUUAAAAACUUCUUCAACACGCCACGCACCCCCAACAGAACGACGGCCGACUCCGACUCCAACUCGGGCAGCCCGAGCAAGACCGAUUCCGCGGCUCCAGAGUCCAAACCGCGGCCUUCGGUGUACCAGCAGCUGUUCAAGCCCUUUUUCGUCAAGACAGACACGCGAUGGAUUGAGUCGACGGUCAAAAUGAACCAAGAAACGCGGGAGGCCAAGUCUCAGGUCCUCGACGAUUUCAUUAGUGGGCGGCGGGAGCUUGAGGACACGUCAAUGUCUUUCGACGCAAAGGAGUUGCUUUGCCUGCCGUGCAAGAUGCCCAAGAAAGGUCGAUUACACCACCCGGUCAGGCACAUCAUGGAGACUGCUUGUAGAGAAGCCGGCAAGCUGGAGAGCGCGGGAGGAGUAGCGCCCAACGACGUGCUCGAGGGUACCCACAGGAAGCUCGCCAAGGUCCCCAUGAAGGUGAUUACCUUUUCGCAGGAUGUCAGACCACCAUACUACGGCACCCUCACCCUGAAGCCCUUUGCUCUGGGGCUAGGCAACAUGUCCAGACAGGCACGCAGAUCGAGCCAUCGACGGCUGCCCCUCGACUACGAUUACGACUCGGAAGCCGAAUGGCAGGACGAAGAAGGCGAGGAUGUCGACAUUGACGACGACGACGACGAGCAGGAGGAUGAGGAUGACAUGGAAGGGUUUCUCGACGACUCCGAGGAUGCGGGACUCGCGAGGCGGGUGUUUGCAAACACAAUGGAGCCCUCAAGCUCCGGGAUCCGGUUUGAAAACCAACCUGGUGGCUCAGACAGGCUGCUCGACGAGUACAAGAUGGAGUUUAUGCAUGGACCCUCUUGCGGCAUUGAUCCGUGGUCGGCACAGUAUUGGGAGCCAGAGCCCAAGAAGAAGACGGUCAAGAGCGAAGAAGGAUCGAAGAUGGCGCCUCCCCCAACUCCUGCCAACGUGUUUGGAGCCAUCAGGAAUGCUGCAGAAACCGAGGCGCCCAAGCUGGUCAAGACGGAACUUUGGGGUGACAUGAAGAGGGUGAUUCUCAACAACAAGGCACUGUCCAAGGGCAGCAUCAUCGAUAUCAUCUUUCACCAAUUCCGAGACGGCGUCUCGCGCGCCGAAGUGAAGAACACGAUCGAGCUGAUUGCAGAGAAGAAGGGGUCGGGUCGAAGCAAGGAGUGGGACAUUAAGCCCAAGUACAAGAUUGAGCCCUGA